AUGGCAUCUUUCUUGGAGAAGGCCACUUCUGCUUUUAACGAAGCGAAAGAAUCGGCUACAUCCAGUGCAGAAUCCGUCAGUGCCUCUCUAACUGAUGUUCAGAAAACCGUUGCAGCCUCCACUGAGACGGUUAAGACCGACUCUGCAACAGCACCAGAGAAAGUGUUUGAUGGGUCUACGCAGACAAGAGAUGCAGUAGAGGACAAUGCUACGACAAGAGAUACUGAAGGAGCCAAAUCUUUGCUUCAUGUUUUUGAUGAGAAAAGGGCUGAAGUUUCGUCCAAGCUCGUUGGAGCUGUUACCAAUGCUUCUGAUGGAGCAUCGAGCAACACCACCGUGGCAAGCCGAGAACUCCUUGUAUCCACAGACAAUCAGCCUUUGUUAGCCACGGGUGAUCACGGGGUUGAGACGACGACGUGUUGGAAGGAAUGUUGUGGAGUUCUUGAACUUAUGGCGGCAGCUAACACGAGAAAUGGAGCACCUAGAAGAUGAAAAAGCAUUCGAAGAACGAACUUAUCAUGUUAUAACGUUUGAUUAUUUAUCUAUUAUUAUUAUUAUUAUUAUUUUUGAGAUUGUGUAUGUCUAUCUUUGUUUUUUCUUUUG